AUUUCACCUCGUCGUCAUCGCAAUCGCAGCAAAAGAAAAACUAGAAGAAACCGAACUGGAGUCAAAAAAGCUGCAGAAAAAUUACACGCAGUGAGAAAGGAAUUCAGCUACAGAGAAAUUCGACGUAAGCAGCAAAACUCGGAGGAGUUGUGUGUUCGCCCAUCAUCUAGCAGAAAGUUGAAUAGGUGUGUAAGCAAAGAGUGUUCGAAAUAGUGCGAAAAAUUGCUAUCUGCUGUUGCUUCUUUUGGGUUGAAAGUGCUGCAUUCGUCGCAUCGCGGCUCAAGCAAGAGGGUUUCCUUGGAGCACCGAAGGUAGUAGCAUCCAGACAACAAACCUCACCACAGGCAACACAAUGGCGGAUGUCGACGAUGUGAUAAGCGACCAGGACAAGAUCCGAAUCGCGUCCGACUUCCUGAUGCAUGCACCGCCCGGCGAGUUCAACGAAGUGUUCAACGAUGUGCGCGAGCUGCUGAACGACGAUCGGCUACUGAAGGAAGGUGCCAGUGCCGCCUGCGCCCAGUACAACAAGGACCAGCUCACUCCAGUUAUUCUCGAGAACUCGGAACUGGCCGUGCUGAUCACAGAUUUUAACGAUCUCGGUGGUGGCCGUUUCUUCGAUCCACGAACCAAGCAAAGCUUCAAGUUUGAUCACCUGCGCAAGGAAGCUACCGAUCUGCAGAACCACGAUGGUGAUCACACGUCGGAACAAUGGCGCGCGAUGCUGGACAUCGAAACGCUCACAUACUGCGCCAAUCAUUAUCGCAACGGAUCCUGCUCGGUGUACGGCCGAACGGUAAACGGACAAAUUACGCUUAACGUCUGCAUCGAGGAUCACCAGUUCCAGCCGAAGAAUUUCUGGAACGGCCGGUGGCGCUCCGUCUGGGUGAUCACGUUCCCUGCGACCGGUGGCGGUACGGCCGAGCUGAAGGGAUCCCUGAAGCUACAGGUGCACUACUACGAGGACGGUAACGUGCAGCUCGUCUCGGCAAAGGACUGUCGCGAGACGGUACCGAUCACGAACGAGGCCAACACGGCAAAAGAGAUCAUACGACUGAUCGAGGAGAGCGAGCACGACUACCAGACGGCAAUAUCGGAAAACUAUCAGACAAUGUCCGAUACGACGUUCAAGGCGCUCCGGCGGCAACUGCCGGUAACGCGAACGAAAAUCGACUGGAGUAAGAUAGUAUCCUAUAGCAUCGGUAAGGAACUGAAAACGCAGUAGAACGGUAAGGUGUGGUACAGCCCGGUACGACGACGAGCCCGGUGAGAGUGCACGAUCGGAUGUGCUGGCAGUCCGAAAGCAAGAAGCAAACAUAUAGGAGCUAAGGCAUGUUAAAGGGCAAAAAAAGAACGCGACACAGCAGAGCGAUAAUGCAAGAUAGAAAAAUGGGAGGAAAGCUUUUUUUUUGUUAGUUUCAUUCGUACAAUAUAGCAAAACCAUGCUAAUGGAGUAUCGAGGAGGGAGGGAUCAGGAAAAACAGAAACGUGGCGUUGGCGGACAGGUAUGUGCAUGCAAGCGAUCCACACGAAAGGGCCAAAGUUCUUUUGCACCUUCCAUCACUAGUAUUUAAACGCGCGCCGUAAAAUGGUUGGCAGGAACGAUGUGGCACAUUCGACCUUCCGGUGUUCCUCUCCUGCGUAGAGGAUGAUCUCUGUUAGUUGCUUGUUUUGCUGCUUUGGAUCGUCGUUUAUUGGAGCUUUGCUGGGACUGCGCCAGAUCGACAGGUGUCUUUUUCACUUUUUUGAUUUUUCACUUUAUCCAUUUUUUUAUUUUAACAACUACGCAGUAGUGUAAGUAACACACUUCAGUGCAUGAGAAAUAGAACAGAUUGAGGAAGGAAGGGUAAAGUUUUGAACGCAUACUGCAGCAAAAGGAUGAAAGCACAUACACGAGGAAGAUGUAGCGCCUGGUGAAUGAUGAAGCGAAAGGUUAAGCUAAACAAACAUGGGAAAUAAAUAUGUAAAGAAAACAAGAAUAAAACUAUUUAAAUAUUUCAACCCUUCCUUCCCAUCCUUCACGAAAAGAAAGUGAUGAACCAGGUAACUAACGCAAACGACAUCGGAACAAACAGAAAAAAAACCUUUGGGUAAUCAUCCAAAAACCGGAGAAUGUCUAAGCACGAUCGUGAUGGAUAAUGCAUUUUUCUACCCAAUGCACUUUGCAGUUACAUUUGUUAACGGAUGGAUGGGAGUGGAUUAAUAAAGUGCAGGAAAAGAUUUGUUUUUUU